AUGGUGUCUCCUCCAACAAAGAGUUUGACUCCUCAAAAACUCACAAUAGUAGUGCUGCUUCUUUUCUGCAUUACAAUUUCAUCUCCGGUUUAUGCCAACACAUUUUCUAGCAAAUUAGACCAAUCACUGAGUUCUCAGCCAACACACACUGAAAUCAAAUGUGGAUCAUGUCCUUGUGGAAGCCCAUGUGAUGAUCAACUUCUAUCACCUCCUCCACCUUCGCCGCCACCGUUAUUCCUUCCAGAUAUUUCCUCUCCAACCCCACCAGAGAGUUGUGAUGAUUCAUCGCCACUACCACCACCACCACCACCAUCAUCAUCACGGCCACCUCCAACACCGCCGCCGCCAAGGUUCAUAUAUGUAACCGGUGUGCCGGGGGAUGCAUAUGCAUACUAUUACUCUGCUGCACAAAACAGACUUGUGGGGUUGCUAGUUUUGGCUGGUUUGGGAGCACUGUCAGUCACAAUGUUAUUUGGGUGA